AUGUCUAUGGAAUCUACCCAAUCCGCAGCCUGCUGCAACCUUCCGGCAGUUGUCAGCAAGGGCUACGAACCAAAGGGCGAUUACAUCACCGUCGAUGGCAUGAAGACGUACGCCACGGGUCCCAAGGACGCAAAACAGGGCAUCCUGAUCAUCUACGAUAUUUUUGGCUUCUUCCCGCAGACGAUCCAAGGCGCAGAUAUUCUUGCCUUCUCCGACAAGGAGCACCCGUAUCAGGUCUUCAUGCCCGACUUUUUCGAGGGUGAGGCUGCUGAUAUUAGCUGGUAUCCGCCCGACAACGAGGAGAAGGGGAAGUUGUUGCGCCAAUUCUUUCAGACCAAGGCUGCACCGCCAAAGACGCUACCGCGAGUGCCAAAGGUGGUGAAGGAGUUAAGUGAGAGCAAGGGCGUUGAGAAGUGGGCGGUUGUGGGGUUCUGCUGGGGUGGGAAGAUCGUCAAUCUUUCCUCUAUGGAAGGUACUCCCUUCAAAGCCGCCGCAGCCUGCCAUCCAGCUAUGGUUGCCGGUGACGAUGCGCCCGGAAUCACGAUUCCGUACGCCAUGCUUCCCAGCAAGGACGAGAGCAAGGAAGACGUCGAGAAGUGGCAGGCCGGAAUCAAGGUCCCGCACAUCGUUGAGUGGUUCCCGGAUCAGCUUCACGGCUGGAUGGCUGCUCGCGCCGACCUCGAGGACUCCAGAGUCAAGGCUGAAUACGAGCGCGGCUACAAGACCCUGCUCAACUUCUUCCACAAGCACAUGUGA